UGAGCACCGCAUUGCUUCCAGUGAUUAGUAUUGCAUCGUACGUUCUCGGAAAACACGAUCGAGCUGCACAUUAGUGAGGUGAAAGUUGAGUUAUUGCUGCAGAAUAGGGCAGGUGCUGACCUCAGUGUCCCUUCCGUCUGAGCCCGGCCACCUCCGCCAUCACCAGAUUUGCAAGAACUGCAACCGUUUGGUCAUAGCCACCAGCCAAGGGCGCUAAUAAGCACUCGAUACCUUUCUUUCCCUCUGUUCCCAAACAUCUUCGCAAUCAACAAAUUCUAUCACCAUGGCGAAGGAUAUCAAAGAGCUGGCCAAGGAAUGGUUGGAGCUUGAUGAGGACAAGACUACAAGAGACGAGAUCUACGAGCUGCUGCAUCAUGGGAACACGACCGAACUGGAGUUGCGACUCCGGAAUCGAAUUGCUUUUGGUACUGCUGGUCUACGAGGUCCCAUGCAAGCCGGCUUUGCCUGCAUGAACUCUCUCACGGUCAUCCAAGCAUCCCAAGGACUAGCAGCAUAUCUCCUGAAGUCCGAAGAGAACGUCAAGAAGCGAGGUGUAGUGAUAGGUCGCGAUGCCAGACACAACUCGGAGAAGUUUGCGAAACUCACAGCGGCCGCUUUUGUGGCUAAAGGCAUCAAAGUCUGGUGGUACGAGACCCCAUCGCACACUCCGUUGGUACCUUUUGGAGUACGAGAGCUGGGCGCCGCCGCUGGCGUGAUGGUCACCGCAAGCCACAAUCCUGCCAAAGACAAUGGAUACAAGGUAUACUGGUCCAAUGGCUGCCAGAUUAUCCCGCCACACGAUACUGGAAUUGCGCAAGCCAUUCUGGAGAAUCUCAAGCCGGUUACCUGGGACACGUCCAUCAUAGAUGAGCCGAGCCUCAUGGUAGAGGGCUCCCUCCAUUUGGUCAGAGACCAAUAUCGUAGAGCCGUUCUAUGCGCCGCGCAGCCAGAGCAUGCCAUUACGCUAAGCCCGGAUCUCAAGUUCGUAUAUACACCAAUGCACGGCGUUGGACUGUCAGCCAUGCAGAACUGCGCUGAAAUUCUGGGAGUUGCGUCGCAAAUGACUGUUGUAGAAGCACAGGCACAGCCAGAUCCCGAUUUUCCUACAGUCAAGUUCCCUAACCCAGAAGAGAAGGGAGCAUUAGACUUAGCUAUUCAGACAGCUGAUGCCGCAUCAGCGAAUCUGAUCCUCGCCAGUGAUCCAGAUGCUGACCGACUUGCUGCGGCCGAGAAGGUCGGUGACCGUUGGCACAUAUUCACUGGCAACCAGCUUGGGCUACUGCUUGGCCACUAUAUCUUUGAACAGUACCCAUCCUCGAAACCUCGCGAGAAGCUCGCUAUGUUGGCUUCUACAGUAAGCUCUAGAUCACUGGCUGCGUUGGCAAAGAAGGAGGGUUUCCACUUCACAGAAACAUUGACAGGCUUCAAAUGGCUUGGGAACGUAGCACGUGACCUUGACAAGCAAGGCUACAACGUCGCAUACGCGUUCGAGGAAGCACUCGGCUACAUGAUCCCCCAGACGGUCCACGACAAGGACUCCAUCAGUGCUGCAGCCGUCUUUCUGACCGCCGCCUCGCAGUGGUCUGAGAAGGGCCUGACGCCUUACACCAAGCUACAAGAACUUUACGAGUAUCUCGGCUACUUCGAGGACGCCAAUACGUAUCUUGUGUCCCCCUCGCCAACAGUCACAACAGCAGUGUUCACGGCCAUCCGCGCACUGGGCAACCCGCACCCCACCACCAUCGGACCCCGCAGGAUCGUGCGCUGGAGGGAUCUGACGCUAGGCUAUGACUCAAAGAGCAAUGACCACACGCCUGAUCUACCCGUAGAUCCCACUGCCCAGAUGAUCACCUGCGAGCUGGACGACGGUGCGGUGUUUACGGUUAGGGGUAGUGGUACCGAGCCGAAGAUCAAGCUCUAUAUUGAGUGCCAAGGAAAGACCAGCGAUGAGGCGAAGCAGGGUGCGAACGGUAUCCUCCAGGAUUUGUUGAGAGAAUGGUUCAAGCCUGAGGAGAAUGGUUUGAGACUUGCAUAGAGUGUAUCACGGUCGAGACGCUUGCUGAGGCUGAUGGCGAAGGUGAAUGAGUCUGACCCAGCACCACACCAUUAUCAACAACAAUAAAAACACUU